AUGAACCGAAGCAAACUAACCAAGGUGGAGGUGGAGGUGGUGGUGGUUACUGUAGAAACCGAUGGUGCUGCGGAGGCUGGGGCCGCAAUGGCUGUAAUAGAUAUUGUUGUCGAAAUGAUGAUUAACAAUGUAAUUAUAAUUUUCCGUGCAGGAAAUGAAGUUGAGGCAGUAGAGGAAAGUAAUGAACCAAAGCAAACUAACCAAGGUGGAGGUGGUGGUGGUUACUGCAGAAACCGGUGGUGUUGUGGUGGAUGGGGCCGCAAUGGCUGUAAUAGAUACUGUUGCCGAAAUGCAAAUGAGGCCGAGCUAGCAGAUACUGUGGAUGAGAACAAUGCCCAAGACGGCGGUUCGGGCAGCGGCCAUGGUGGUGGUCAUGGUGGAGGACAGGGUGGGGGCCAAGGUGGCGGACAUGGAGGUGGCAGUGGCCAUGGAGGAGGUUGCAAAUAUGGUUGCUGCGGAGGAUAUGGUGGCAAAGGAGGUUGCAAGUGCUGCCUCAACGCGGAAGAAGCUAAAGCCUAUGAGCAAAAUCAAGCCAAAGCAGAAACCAAGAACUAG